GAUACGCUCAACUUCGCUAGUGGACUUGUUGAUCUCUCUCAGUCUCUCCGUCCUGCAGCAGCCUGAGAGGGAGAUCCGAGCGCACACCCGGGAAUUUACACAAGUAUUUUUAUUUUUUUUUUAAAGUGACGCCAGACCUCAACAUGCCUCGGUCAUUCCUUGUGAAGAAGUAUUUCUCCAACAAGAAGCCAUACUACAGGGAGAGCCACCUGGAGAGCCAAACUGCUUUUGUCCCAGAAAGUUUUCCACGAGCUGAGCUUCCAACGCAGGACAACAGCUCUGCCCUGACCUGCUACCCCACCACCCCGUUCUUCAGCAACGCGGACAGCCUGCCGGCACCUCUGUCCCCGAUCACCCCCGUGUCCCUGUCCCCCUCACCGCUGGGCCCCCUGGACCUCAGCAGCUCUCCCUCCUCCUCCAGCAGCAGCAGCAGCAGCAGUGGCGAGGAGGAAGAGGACGGUGGACGCACCUCAGAUCCCCCCAGUCCAGAUGUCAUCCCGCACGUCUACCACUGUAUGCACUGCAGCAACAGCUACUCCAGUCUGUCAGCGUUGACCCACCACCAGCUCUCCCACUACGCUCCGCUGCAGCCGUCGGUGCCUGCUGAAGUCUCCACGCGCCCGGCCUUCCACUGCAAACACUGCCCGAAGGAGUACACCAGCCUGGGAGCCCUGAAGAUGCACAUCCGCUCACACACUCUUCCCUGUGUGUGCCCCACCUGCGGCAAGGCCUUCUCCAGGCCCUGGCUGCUCAGAGGACACAUUCGCACGCACACAGGUGAGCGCCCCUUCGCCUGUCAGCACUGUAACCGGGCCUUCGCUGAUCGCUCCAACCUGCGCGCCCACCUGCAGACCCACUCGGAGGUGAAGAAGUACCAGUGCGGCUCCUGCGCGAGGACCUUCAGCCGCAUGUCCCUGCUUCACAAACACAACGCCUCAGGCUGCUGCCCUGCCUCAUAGGCAUAGACGACACAUUCCCUGAACUCUUCAUCUUCUUAUGAGCCGGCUGAAGCUGCUUGCUGGUUGGACGCAUUGGUGUGAGCUCUCUCACAAAGCCAUCGCUGGACAGAAAACCUGGACAUGUGUUGCUUUUAUGAAAAGACUCCAAAGUGCCUUACAUUUUUCAGGACUGGUGUAUAUGUUUUUUUUGAGGUCAUGUGGGGUUUCAGGGCGCAUUUGUGAGUGUGUGUGCGUGUGUGUGUGAACCAGGGGGCAGCUGGACAUGCAGUUAAUUCCCAGGAAACUCCAUCGGUGCCGGCCGGUCCGGGACUCUGGCCACUGUGCAGCUGCUUGGGUGUGUUUUGUGUGUAUGAGGGGAUGUCAUUCCUCACCAUACUAUACAUACAUGGGAUGUGUGUGUCUGUAUGAGCAAGUGUGUGUUGAGACAGCUGUCCGUGCGUGGUGCGCUUUGGAGGCAGGGCGCUGAGCGACGCGUUAGCUGUGACCCCGGCGACAGGUGACCCUCCGCCCGCCCCUCCUCAUGCCGUGCUUGUUGUGUGUUACGGAACAUGAAAGGACCACUUUAAACUUGACCAAAAAAAAAAAAAAGACAACCAUGGCUUCAACAAUACUGUCAUUUAUAGUGACACAUGUUUUACUGACAAUUUUUAUGAACCAUUUUGUUGCUUUUGAAAUGGGAAUACUGUGCCUUUUUCUGCCACAUGUAAAUAAAAAGCUUUGUUUAAAAAAAAAAA